CCCCGCUCAAUGAUCAAGUGACGUGCCACCAAUAUAACCAUUGGCCGGCCAACAGCACUCUUUCGACUGCGGAAUGGGCAUCAACGUCAGCAGGACGGCCGACCUGGGGUCCAACCAGUGGCUCCAGCGCUUCGUGGGCCGCCAGCACAUCGCCCACGAUGACGAGGCCUUCUGGAACGGGCUGCUCAACUACAACAUUGUGCUGCCGGAGAACAGUCAGGACCAGCUCAACCUGGACAGCCGGCUAGAGGCGCUGUGCCAGUCGUUCAUCGGCAAUAACCUGAAGACGGGCAACUUUGGCUCCCUGGUGACCGUGUUCCUGGAGAAGACCAGCGAGCUGCUGUCGCUGUCGGACCAGGAAAGCAACAUGCACGUCUGGCAGACCUUCAACGCGCUCUUCAUCAUCCGCAGCCUGGUCAAGUACAUCAACGAGACGGGCUCUGAGUUCCAGCUGCUGCAGCACUUUGAGGCUAUGCCGAAUGCAGAGCUGCUGCAAGCGGCAUUGGAGCAGCAGCAACAGACGCCGGCGGAGAGCGCCACCAUUGCCAUGGAGGCCACCGAACAGUCGGCGGCGGCUGCGGUUCCAGUGAUUGUGGACGGAUCUAAGUUUGAGACCUUCAUCGAUGCCCUGGUGAACCUAAUCGUCGUGAUUCCCGUCAAGGAGUUCACCUACCACCUGCACCUAGAGGCCGUUAACAUGCUGAUCACCCUGCUGUCAGUGCAUCUGUUUGCCCAACAGCCCACGGACAAGUCCAUCGUGUUCCGGACGGUCUUCAAGUGUCAGCACGCAAACGUGCUGAUGUCGGCACUGCUGCAUUUUGUGGCGCGUAUUGUGGAGGUGCCGCACACCAUGUUUGGGUCCAGCUCUGCUGGAUCCUUUGUCUUUGGCAUCGCGGAGUCGCUGCUUUCCAUCUUCACGUUCCGUAAGCAGCCAGACAUACUGAAAGCGGGCCAAGCAGCCGGCGGUGGAGAGCUCUCGCAGCGAUUCCGUACCCACUACCCACUGGCCAACCAGAGCCUGUUGCUGAUCCUGAUACUGACUAACCACUGCACGGCACAGGAUAACGCCUAUCGGACUAGCCUUUUCAGUUGCGCCGAUUCAAAGGAUUCACCAAAACAGGGAGCUGUCUCCUUCCAGAUCGACUUCUCGGCGGUAUAUGAGACAUUGUGUACCAUCGUUACCAUCGACCAGGCCACGCUGCUGCUCUAUCUGCUGCUCCAUCGCAACGAGCGCUUCUACCGGUUCGUCAUGCAGCAACAGGACUUGGAGCAGUUGGUGAUCCCCAUCCUCCAGACACUGUACAACGCCCCCGAUAGCAACUCACAUCACAUCUACAUGUCCUUGAUCGUGCUGCUGAUCCUGAGUGAAGACGAGGGCUUCAACAAGAAUGUGCACACCAUAAUGCUAAAAAACAUCACAUGGUAUACGGAACGCACCAUAUCGGAGAUAUCGCUGGGCGGCAUCCUAAUCCUUAUCGUCAUCCGCACCAUACAGUACAACAUGCUGAAGAUGCGCGACAAGUACUUGCACACCAAUUGCCUGGCGGCGCUGGCCAACAUGUCCGGCCACUUCCGCGCUCUACACCCUUACGUGGCACAGCGACUGGUCUCGCUGUUCGAAACGCUCGCUCGGAAGCAUACGCGCCUGGAUGCGCAGCUCAAGGAGCCGGCCGAUAGCGCAGUGUUUGUGAACGUCUCGACGACCCCGGAAGACAUGCUACAAGAUCUGAGCGUGCUGGAGGAGGUGUUGCGCAUGGUGCUGGAAAUCCUAAACUCCUGCCUCACAAACCAGUUGGUCUACUGUCCCAACUUGGUGUACACUCUUUUGUACAAGCGCAGCGUCUUCGAGGGCUUCCGCAGUCACCACGCCUUCCAGGAUGUCAUCCAAAACAUAGACAUGGUUGUCGGUUUCUUCUCCUCGCGUCUGCAGCGUGUCCAGGAGCAGAGAGGCGAGCUUGGGGUCAAUGAAGUGCUCGAGGUUAUAUCUAAAGGUGCCAGUCAGUGGUCCAGCGAUCGACUGAGAAAGUUCCCGGAUCUUAAGUUUAAGUACGUCGAGGAGGACGCUCCCGAGGAGUUCUUCAUUCCAUAUGUGUGGACGUUGGUCUGCAAGUACGGCUGCGUGCACUUCAGCUCGGAGAGCAUCAAGAGCGUGACCACGGACAUAGCCUGCUAAUAUUUACUGCUCUAUCCCUUCCUCUCACGCACACACCCGGCUCCGCUUUGGUUUCCACCAUGUUUCGAUGCUUCUCCGUUUGUCUUCUGUGCGGGAUUACCCGAUCUUUAAGCCAUAUACCACGCCCUACCUUUUGAUCCAACCCAAAAUGUCGAAAUGCAGUAUCAAAAACAAAACAAAGCAAGAGAAAUGUUGCGCUAAAUAAGAGGCAUGCGCAUCUCGAACGUUGACGACAAGAGGAGACAAAGCAAACGAGAGAACUAACGAUAAUACAUAGACAUAGCUACGCUUAUACUAAUGUGUAUGUUAACAAGCAAUCCGGUCGGAAAUUGUUGUUCAAGUUAAAAUAUAGCAACCUUGAAACAUGAUCAUAUUUUGCCAAGCCGACUGCAAUGAGCAUGUUUAGAGGGAAGUUAAGCUCCGUACGCCUACAGAUCGAUGUUCUAAUCAAUGGGAAGCAGCAAAUCCAAUAAAAAGUAUAUAUACAUAUUAAAGAAUCGGAAUAUACAAUAUAUGCAAAAUAUAUUUACAUUUUAGUCUAUGGUAAUUAUAUAUUGUAUUGUAUUUAGCAAUUGAAAACGUCGAUAAACUAUAUAUUAACUAAAGUU